AUGCCCUGGCGGCCAAUACCAUUAUCGUAUGCUAUUGCCAUCUACCCGUUUCAGCCUUCAUCAUCAACUACAGAACUUCCUCUUCAGAUAGGCGAUCAGCUCUACGUGUUUGAACAGGGUGGAAAGGACGAGGCAUGGUGUCGAGGUUACUUGGUCCAAGCACCCUCACUGCUCUCCGCGUUGUUGAGGAGCAGCAGAGGCGCAUCAGAUGCACGUGUCUUCUCGGGCAUCUUUCCACGAUGCUGUAUCGAAGUCAAAGAGCAACUUGGUCACGAUGAUGAAUAUCAAUUGCAGCCAAUUGCUCCUGGCUCACAGAAACCGCAAGCACCCGUGCCCAUGCUCAAAGUCCUAGACGAGACUUCAACCUCGACUGCAGAACCGCUCGUUGACGAAAUCUCAUCCUGCCUGAGAGAGUGGUAUAUUUCCUAUUUGCCAGAACUAGUGUUGAGACAGGACUACGACUGCCUAGAUCGCAUAUCAGGCCUUAUCACCAAACUUGAAUAUUCGCGACGCGAACUGCUCAAUGAUGUGCUUACAGCACAGGAGAGAUUGAGUGUACGAAGUGAGGUUGUCUGGGACUUGGUUCGAGGGAACAAACUGUUAGGAGCUGAAGUUAUCGUUCGAGAUCCUGACCAAAAAGGCCGACUAUUGACCGCAGCUGAUUCAGCUAUCGAGAUGACGAAACUCCAAGCUAUCAUGAGCCUCCUCUACGAUCCGCCGGAGAUAAAGCAGGAAACAGCCAAAUUGUACCAUUGCAUGCUGGAUGUCAAAUCUAUACACACCACAGAAGCGGACAACGUUAACCUUACCUUCGCCUUGUAUCAGAAAGCAGCUGAUGGAUCCAUGUCGCAGAUCUCGGAAACGUUUACAGCAUCCUCCAUUCAUGAUUCGAAAAUCCUCUUCGCGGAUCUAAGUUCGCGCGAUAUCCGCACGCAAGGACAUAUCUUUCUCGUGGGUCGUGCUUCUGUCUCUGAGCCUCCGAAGCUUGCGCCCUCGGCACCUGCUGAACGACCUCUGUCGAGAAAUGGAACUUUUAGUAAGACACGAGAAUCCCUGAUGACCAGGAGGAGAUCAAAUCUGGCCGUUUUUGGCUCUAAGCGAAGCAAAGAGAAGUCGGACAAUGCACCAAAUGGUCGACCAGCCAUGUCAAGGCGAGGAUCCUCGUCCAACGAGAUCAGGACUGAAGCCAAUGAGACCCCGAAAAAGUCCAUCGGUCCUCCAGUCCCACGGGUCGUGGGCUACGCUGUCUACGACCUAGCAGCUACCAUAAGUUCCGGUCAGCAAGAAGUAUUUGACCUCGGUUUCUGGACAUUAGCGGCUCAAGACAAUGAGGAGGAAGAAAUUGGCUGGCCAGGGGUGCUGCCUGAGCUCCUGCAGACCAGCCGUCUACAUUUUGUGCGAUGUAGAAAGUUGCCAGCGAUAAAGAUCGAGCUGAGGUCGUACGUAUCGCCCGAUGCCGACAUCCUCAUCCGAACGAAUCCUACUACCAUGCAUAUGAUCUCAAAAAGUCAAAGACUUGGUUUUCUAGAAGCUCCUACGAAACGACGGUCUGACAUCUACUUAACUCUAUCAAAGGUGAACAUCAAGCAAAACGGAGCAUAUUCACAUCCACAAUACGACGCGGUACCAGUCAAGCCAGCACCAAUGCUCAAUCUUCAGGUAACGAUGGAGCUACGAGAUUCAGCCGGGAAGCGAUUGGAGCGUUGUGUUUUUGCUUCAGCCAAUGGUCCAGCAGUAACCGCCUUGCGAACUUAUGCUAUUGAGUUAGACACCCUAUGGGACCAAACCAUAUGUAUACGACUGCCAUUAGAAAAGGUUACCGAUGCUCACUUAGUGCUCAGCGUGGCAGAUGCGCCAGGCUUUCCCUUUGCUCUUGCUUGGAUGCCGCUGUGGGAAAACCAUGCUUUCCGGCGUGAUGGAAGCCACUCCCUAAUCUUGCAUGCAUACGACAAGUCAACCUCCACAUUCUCCGACAAUGGGAAGGGCAUGUAUCUGAACCUCCCCUGGGAUCACAGCACUAUCGAGGAGAAGGAGAUUCCCAUCGCAUCCCUUGAAAUCAAGACCUUAUUGGUCAGUACCGAAUUCUCGCAGGAUCGCACACUAGCUAGCUUGUUUAAUUGGCGUGCAUUGUCCUCCGCUAGUCUGAUGGACACUUUGCAAAAGCUGGUAUUUGUGCCAGAGAUCGAGAUUGUCAAGCAGCUGGAUGAAGUUCUGGAUGCUUUGUUCGCUAUCCUGGAAUACAAGGCUGGAACUCACAAGUUCGAAGAUCUCAUUUUCAACGACAUUGUGUUUGUACUAGGGAUUGUGCAUGAUCGCCGCUUUAAUCUAGGGCCACUGGUUGAGAGAUAUGCUGACCAGCAUUUCAAAGCGCCUUUGGUCGCCCCGUCGUUAGUCCGCAGCUUUACACGACUCUUGCAGAGCGUUUCCGACCCUCAAAGUUCACGAGACCUAAGGGCACUCUUUAAAGUUGGGCAACAAUUUUUGAGGCUCUUGUUGGCCUCUUACUGGCACCACAACAAGACGGACGAGGCUGGAACGAUAUCCAAUCAACACGAGAGUUUUCAAGACGACAUGAAGGCAGUGCUUUUUGGUCUGCAAAUGAUGGUGCGGAGUGAGACAGCUGCACUGGUUGGCAGCAAGACCCUCCUUAUACAAAACUUCCAUUUGUGGCUACCAGAGUUGCUUGCCGUAUACAGAAAAGAAGAAGUCAUCAGCGUUGCUAUCGACACUAUUGACGCCUGUGAAGAAGCAACUGGCAAAUUGUUACUCUACAGACUCGUACUCAUUCUGAAUUGCACAAAGCUAGAGCAGCUUUGGGAGAGCGACGAAGAUUGGACUAUACUUGUUGGAAACUGUCUCAGAUGGCUUGAGCUGCAUUGGCCUGAAAAGAACGACCUUACUGAUAGCUGGUGUGACCAGGUGAGACUAUGCUCUUCAAUUGUGGCGUCGCUCCUGAGACGACCCUGUCAAAAGUUGCACGACUUCCUGUCGCCGAUUGUGCGUACUUACUCUGUUUUAUCAGCACAACGUCAUAGCAAGCGCUGGUCACUCUCCCUGCUCUUUCCUUCCUCAUAUCCCAACCCGACUAAGAACACUGACAGCCCGGACGACUUCGAUGAGCCCUUGUUAGAACUUGCAGCACUGGUGGCUGAAAUAAUUAAGAUACGACCUGUUCCCUUGCCCGACUACAACGAAGAUCAGAGGACGCGACACAUUACGCAGACGUUACAUAUGGUAGAGGCAAUGCUCUCAAAUGACACGAAUCCCUCUACAUGGUUGAGCCUUCAUGUGUCAAACCACACGUCAGCCCUCAACAUUCUAGCCUACAUAGCCAAACAGCUCGAAGACUAUUGCAUACCCGAACCCCCUGAUCCAGAGGAUGCCGAGGAAGCUGACACUUUCAAUAUGGAACUGUGGAAAUCUUACUUUGAUGCCAUCCUAUCUCUGGUGUCUUCACCCGAGCUGACUCUAGAGGCCUUUUCCGAGCAGAAGCGUAGGGCGGUAUGGAAAAUUGCAGGUGAUGUUAGACAAGAAGGUGCCGAGCUUCUACGCCAUUCCUGGAAUCUGCUUGGCUGGGAUGCUACGGAAGACGAUGAAAGAAGAUACCACAUCAACAAGAUAGGAGGCUAUCAAGUCCAGUACGUGCCUAGCCUUGUCAAGUCCAUCGUCGAGUUGUGCCUGAGCAUGCACGAAGGGCUGAGACGGGUAGGUGUUGAGAUUUUGCAAACCAUGAUCAUUAGUGAAUGGGCACUGAGUGAGAACCUGUCUCUUAUUGAGGCUGAGGUCAUCGGUGCCUUGGAUGUCAUCCUCAGGGCACGAGCGACAUCAUCGUUAUCCUUGGCCGGCGACGAGAUUGUUGGGCGCAAGCUCUUUGUUGGAGAGUUAUUAGAAUCGUUCACAACAAUUGCAAGUCAGCCUGAAGAUGAACUUUGGUCGACUCUUGAAGACCUCGUCUCCACCAUCGAGGAGCUCAUUGAUCUAUUGAGUGGCGGGCUGGAUGACGGACGAAUAGAGCAAGACAGUCACGUUCGCAGAAGCAAUGGUACUGCCCGAAAGAGCACAAGCGUCGAGCUUCCCGAACGAAGCAUCAGUCGCCUGGAAGGAAAAGUGUACGGCGAUCAGGCUCUCCAGAUGUACAAACAGCUAGCUGAAGAAUAUGAACGUACAGGCGACUAUCUGAGGCUGGCCAAGACUCAUCGCGCUAUGGCACGUAUACACGAAACUCGAGCCACAAGUCGCCUGGGGAACCGUGAAAACGGUGUCGGACAUGGCGAGCUCGAGGAGGACGAUGAGUAA